GCCUGUAGUUGAGUGGCCUAUUGUAUGGUGCUGGGCUGGGCACUCAGAGGAGAGCGCCUUCGUUUGAUGAUUGACUACAGGCCCUGAAUGGGGUGCUGAGUGUACAAACAGUGUUUACCUCAAUAACAAAUCCUGGCCAGCUUAAGCACCCAAACAACAGAGAGUAACAUGUGUCCUCUUUGAUUCAUCUGCAACGGUCUCACAACACAUGCAGGCAGGCCUGUUACAAUUUAAUUGCAAUAGUGUAGCUAAGAAAUACCCAGGGUUUGCACAGGAUGUGUAGCAUGUUGUGUGAGAUAGGGUCUGAUCUCCAAAUAUUAGGUGUAAAACGACAAGGCCUCAAGACAGAAGCUAAAUGCUCAGAGAAAUGAAAUUGGUCAUCAAUUAUAACACCUGUGUUUAGUGCAGUUUUAGUUUGGGUCAAUGAAGAUGAACCAAGCUGAAUAUUAAUAUUUUCUGGGAUAGCCGGAUUGGCUAGGAAUACCAGGACCUUUUGUUGAAAGAUUUGAGCUGAUCUUACCCUUUAUCCAAACUGAAAUAUAAGUGAGGCAUGCAGAAAUUUGAGCCGAUAUUGUUGCAUCAUCCGAGGAGAUGAACAGUUGAGUAUCAUGUGCCUAACAGUGAAAGAAGAACCCAUGGAAACAGAUGAUCUCAAUUUAGGAAGUGGUGUAGACAGAAAAUAGGAAGGGUUCAAUCCCUGGGGUACACCAGUGAAGUGAUGAGAUUUUGAUGCUUGUCCCUGCCAAGAAACACUGUGUGAAUGCCCACUGAGGUACGAUUCAAACCAACUGUGUGCUUUCCCCCAAAUUCCCAGUUAGGAUAGUGUAGAGAGGAGGAUAUCAUGGUUCACAAGUCUAGUUAAAUCAGAACUGAUGACUGAGCAGAGGCUUUUGCUACGGUCACUAGACCGGACAGCUCUAGGUAGGUCAUUCCACCACAGAGGAACCACAAAUGAAAAGAGUCACGACUGCGAUCUCUUGCUGCAGAGAGAAGGCAAAGACAACAGACGCUCAUCAGAGGAGCGAAGUGGUCGACAAGAGUGGAGAGGCUUACGAUGUGGUGGUUGUAGGUUCCUGCAUGACUGACCUGGUCAGUCAGGCCCCAAGGCUGCCCAGAGUUGGAGAGACCAUCCAUGGACACAAGUUUUUCAUUGGCUUUGGUGGGAAAGGAGCCAAUCAGUGUGUACAGGCUGCCCGGAUGGGAGCCAAGACUGCAAUGGUCUGCAAGGUUGGCAAAGAUGUUUUUGGAGACAACUACAUACAAAAUUUUAAGAACAAUGGUAUAUCAACAGACUAUGUGGAGCAGACUGGUGAUGCUGCGACUGGAGCUGCUACAAUCAUUGUCAAUGAUACAGGUGAGAAUGCCAUUGUGAUUGUGGCUGGUGCCAACAUGCUGCUGGGAGACGCCGAACUACUCAAGAUGCAGGGAGCCCUGAGUCACGCCAAGGUGUUGAUCUGCCAGCUGGAGAUCAGCCCAGACACAUCACUAAAGGCCCUCCGUGCAGCGCGGGAGCAUCACGUUAAAACCAUCUUUAAUCCAGCACCGGCUGUCCCUGACCUGUCCCCUGAGUUCUAUAAAUUGUCGGACAUCUUCUGUUGCAACGAGUCUGAGGCAGAAAUUCUUCUGGGUGAAACGGUCGCCACUGUGGAGGAUGCUGGGAAGGUAUCCCUGAAGCUAUUGGGACGUGGGUGUGGCUCUGUCAUUGUCACCCUAGGAUCCCAGGGCUGUGUGGUGCUAUCGGCACAAGACUCAUGCCCAAAGCAUAUUCCAACAACCAAAGUCACAUCUGUGGAUACAACGGGUGCUGGAGACAGCUUCAUUGGUGCACUGGCUUUCUACUUAGCUUAUUAUCCCUCACUGUCUUUGGAAGAACUAGCCAGACGGGCCAAUGUGGUUGCAGGCCUGUCUGUACAAAAAGAGGGGACACAGACGUCUUAUCCUUACCAGAGGGACCUGCCUGAAGAACUCUUAUAGAUAUGAACUACUGCUGUCACUGCGUACUAAAGAACUGGAGGCAGUUGAAUCCUAAACUCAGAAUUCCAUGGAAGAGUGUUUGUGCACCAAAAUAAGAAACAAUAAAAUGGAAAUGUGUAAUUCUCA